AACAAAAUGGUUCACAAAAAGAUAGCCAUUGCACUUGUCUUGUUGAGUGUAAACUAUGUUGCCUCUGCCUUUUUCUGGGUCAAUCAUCGAAAGGGUCAUGAUCUUCUCUCUCUUGCCGGAAGAACACGUCGUUUAGAUGUGGUUACUGCAGCUGAAGAACAAGAAGCAAAAACGGAUGCACUUCCUUCCAAGUACGGUCCUUUCUAUAUGGACAUGCCAUUGGAUCAUUUCGCAAAGAACAAAAGCGUUACUUUCCAAAACCGUUACUGGAUCAAUGCUGAUUAUUACAAGAAGGACGGUCCUAUUAUUUUGGCUAAUGCAGGUGAAGCAGCUGUGGAUGAUGCAGCCUACACGCUUACCAACACAACUAUGAUUCAAUUGGCCCAGAAAUUGAAUGGUAUUUUUAUCUAUAUGGAACACCGCUUUUACGGGUCAUCUGGUCCGGCUGCCACAAACUUUGACUACGCAGCAAAUGUUAUUUCUAAAUUGAACACUGAUCAAGCACUUGCUGAUAUGGCUUAUAUCUUAAAGAACGUCAAGUUUUCUGGUUUAGAUGUUCCUGCUGUUCCUAAAACAAAAGCUAUUGUUUAUGGUUGUAGUUACAGUGGAAACUUGGCUGCCUGGAUGAAAGAACAAUACCCUGAACUUGUCUAUGCUGCAGUGGCCUCUUCUGCUCCUGUUCAAGCUCAAUUUAACUUUUACCAAUACUUCGAUCCCAUCAUUCGCUAUGGUCCCACUCAAUGUAUUAGCGCUAUUGAACACGUCAUUACUUACAUCGAUAAAAUCUUGUUUGGCUCCUCUUCUAAAGCAGUAAAAGAACUCAAGGAAUUAUUUGGUGUUCCCGAACUUUAUGAUGAUGAUUUUGCUUCAUAUUUGACUACUGCCAUCGCUACUUACUGGCAAUACGGUGUGGAACUUGGUGAUAAUCGAUUUGAUCAAGUUAUUUGUAACAAAGUGUUUAACGGUACUUCUGUUGAAGACAAUGUUAAGUCAUUUGCUGUAUUCAACAAGAACUAUGUUGAAAAGAAUACAUGUGAUGGCUACAGUAGCAUUUCAGCCUGUCUUGGUUCUCAUAACGCUACCGAUGUUCAAGAACAAUUGGCCAGUUCUCCUUCUACUGCUGCUUGGACUUGGCAAACAUGUACUGAAUAUGGGUAUUUCCAAGUAGCUGCUCCCAAGAACAAUCCUACCAUUGUGUCUCGUAAACUCGGUAUUGAAGUGUUUGAAAGAAUGUGUCAACUCUUCUUUACCAAGGUCGGUAUUCCCAAGAAGCCCAACACGGCUAAGGUCAAUAAGAAAUACAAAGGAUGGAACGCCAAGUUAGACCGUAUUGUCUGGAUUGAUGGUGAAUAUGACAGUUGGAGAGAAUUGAGUGUUCAUUCUCCUCAAGUCAAGAGAAACUUCAGCAAGAACAAACAAACACUUUCCAUUAUUAUUCCUGAAGCAACACACUGUGUCAACUGGGCUGGUGUCAAUUCAAAAACCCCUCAGUAUUUAAAAGAUAUUCAAGAUCAACAAUAUAAGACCUUGAAGCGUUGGUUAGACCAAGCAUGAAGCAAGCCAGAUUUACUCAUUAACUUAUUAUGAUACUAAAUUGUGAAACAACACUGUAUUCUUACUUUUGUAAAUUAGAUUAAAGUCAAUCUCUCUUCGCCAUAGUUUGUUUGGUUCUUUUGUAAACCUUGCUUUGAGUUGCUUUCAAAGUCGUUUUUGAUGACUCUAUCUAUCCAGACAUGUCAUACAAGAUUGUUGAUCCUACUAAAUUACAG